AUGAAAAUUUGGUGUUUCUUUGCUCACAACUCUUGUACUUACACGCAGAGCCAUGAACUUUUUAUGCACAAUUAUCCAACAAAGCAAAUAGAUGAAGCACGGCAUGACAGCGAGAAUCGCGAUGCAGUCGACCUCGUGGAUGACGCGGAGGCUUCUCAUGAGGCAGUAAAGGAAGAGGUUCCAGAGCACGGCCUGGAGUGUACAGCGUGCCAAAACUUUUACGAUGGUCGGCUGGUCGCUAGUCAGAAUUGUCAUAUGGUAUCUGGUCGCCAAGGCGGUGGAAGAUCCAGAGUGGCAUGUGAUGGAUGA